AAGCUCUACCCUGCAACCCAUGUCUCAUCUUCCGGACACAAAAAAGCCUAGUUUUUUUUUUUCUUUGUUUCUGCUGCUUGUACGUCUCUGUUCUUCCUCAUGUCUGCCUCCGUUGAUCCUCUUGUUGUUGGCCGAGUGAUUGGCGAUGUUGUUGACAUGUUUGUGCCUACGGCAAAUAUGUCUGCCUACUUUGGCCCCAAGCAUGUCACAAACGGAUGCGAUGUCAAACCAUCUGCAGCCACCAAUCCUCCAAAAGUGACUCUCUCUGGGAACUCGGACGAGCUAUAUACCCUGGUUAUGACUGAUCCUGAUGCUCCUAGUCCUAGCGAGCCCAGCAUGCGAGAAUGGGUCCAUUGGUUAGACAAGAUCAUGAGCCCCCUCAGUCUUUUAUUUCUCUGGAUUGUUGUUGACAUUCCUGGUGGAACAAACCCAACUCGAGGAAAGGAGAUACUGCCAUAUGUAGGGCCACGACCGCCAAUCGGAAUCCAUCGCUACAUACUGGUGCUGUUCCGACAGAGGGCUCCACUUGGGCUCGUUGACCAGCCAGCCUCGCGUGCAAACUUCAAUACCCGCAUCUUCGCAGGGCAGCUGGAUUUGGGUUUGCCAGUGGCGACUGUUUACUUCAACUCCCAGAAAGAGCCGGCGAGCAGGAGGCGCUGAGCAGUGGCAAUAAUAUCGCAUGCAUGCAUGGUGGCAUGCAUAUAGAGAUCAGCUAUGAUCGAUGGAACAUUAAUAUCAGUAUCUUUUUUUAAGCUUUUGUUUGAUGAACGUGGUAGACUAGUACUGUGGGUCGACUUCCUUCCUCCUUUGGUUUGUGUUUGUGGUUGUAGGAGGGAGUGCCCAUUAAUUAUCGGUCCUUUUUUUUCUGCCGUAAAUAUAUUUUAGAACUAUGCUUUUGUAGUUCUUUCGAGUUGGAAUUAUUAAUAUUGAUACUUGUUUUCUCUA